GGAGGGCGGAGAGCGGCUGGCGGGAGGGAGGGAUGAGGAGGAGGUGGCGGUGGUGCUGGCGGCGGCGGGGCGAGCAUGGAUGCAGAUAGCAGUAAGCUGCUGAAGAGCCAGCCGUCGGGUUACGGCACAGUCCGCCACUCUGGCACCACUGUCUCCAUGGAGGUGACUGGAUACAAGCAAGUGAGAUGGCGGGUAAUUCUCUGCCACAUUCUUACUGUACUGACAGUAGGAAUACUUUGGCUAGUUUUUUACUGGAAGCCAGUGCUGGAAGUGCUUUUUAAGUGCAACCCCUGUCAUCUGUGUCAAUCUGAUUGGGUUGUAAUCAAGGAUUCAUUUAACCAGCGAUUUAUCGAGCGAGUGAGGACAGAGGAGAUUGAGGAUGACUGGUUUGCACCGUCAGCUGAAUCUAGCGGCGAUGAUAUGCGAACUACAUUGGCCAUAGGAGUACUUGAAGAUGAUUGGAAAGAUACAUUGCAACUACAGAAACAGGAGGAGAAAAGUGUGAUUCGAUACUACACCUUUGAGGGUUUACGCUACAUUUGGAUUGAGAAGAAAGGAAGCUUCUGCAAGCUCAGCGAUCUCGAUGAGUCUCUAUCAUGUGAAGACAUUCACAAACAACAGAAGGGACUCAGCACACACAACCAAAUUAGAAAAAGGCAGGUAUAUGGGCGAAACGUGAUUGAGGUGCUUGUAAAAUCAUACUUCACACUAUUAGUACAGGAGGUCUUGAACCCUUUCUACAUUUUUCAGAUUUUCAGUAUUAUACUUUGGGUCACUGAGGAGUAUUAUUACUAUGCAGUGUGUAUCCUGUUCAUCUCCGUGAUAUCCAUUGGUAUAUCCCUAUACCAGACACGCAAGCAAAGUGUGACACUGCGGAAUAUGGUGAAGUUGACACUUAAUGUACAGGUCCGUAGAGAUACUGGAGAAGUGGAAAUGGUGAAUUCUCAGCAUCUGGUUCCUGGUGACUGCAUAGUGAUCGCUGAAGAUGGAAUUCAGGUUCCUUGUGAUGCAGCACUUCUUACAGGAGAGUGUAUGGUCAAUGAGAGCAUGCUGACAGGUGAGAGUGUACCGGUGAUGAAGACGCCUCUACCUGAUCAAGAUGUGAACUAUUCCUCUGAAGAACACAAACGGCACACCCUUUUCUGCGGCACCCAGGUUGUACAGUCAAAGAGCUACAGCGAGGAGCAACCCGUUUUGGCUGUGGUAGUGAGAACAGGCUUUUGCACGAGCAAAGGAGAACUGAUCAGUUCCAUUCUGUAUCCCAAGCCUUUGGGAUUUAAGUUCUACAAAGAUGCUAUGAAGUUCAUUAUCUUUCUGGGAGUUCUCGCUUUGAUUGGAGACAUAUACAGCAUAGUGAUUCUAGAAAAACAGAAGGUGUCGGUGGGACGUGUGGUGACGCGUAUCCUCGAUCUGAUCACCAUCAUAAUUCCGCCCGCGCUACCCGCCGCGAUGACUGUUGGCACCAUCUACGCCCAAGACCGACUGAAAAAAUACGGGAUAUUUUGUAUCAGUCCUCCGCGCAUCAACAUUUGCGGCAAGCUGAAGCUCAUCUGUUUUGAUAAGACAGGAACACUAACAGAGGAAGGUCUGGACUAUUGGGGAGUGGCACUGGCAACAGACAAGAACUUUGAUCCGAUUAUCCACGACACCCAGCACCUCGGGAGCAGUCGGAUGCUGCAUGCCCUGGCCACGUGUCACAGCGUCACACUGCUCAACAACCAGCCGAUCGGUGACCCACUGGACCUGAAGAUGAUCGAGUCAACUGGUUGGACUCUGAAUGAUGAGAUUACAAACUUGGACAUAAGCAGAACGUUUGGAAUGAAAGUUCUAGCUGUGAUGAAGCCUCCACUGGUGGAAGAACAGCCUUAUGGAAGUAAACAAGAGACGAUUUUGGGGAUUAUUCGCCAUUUUCCAUUUGCCUCAACAUUACAGAGAAUGAGUGUGAUCACAAAGAAGCCAGAUGAUUCACCAUUUGAGGUGUACUUGAAAGGGGCACCGGAGAUGGUGGCCAGUCUCUGUUUAAAGGAAACAGUUCCUGCAGAUUUUUUAGAAGUAUUAAGGUACUAUGCCAAAGAUGGGUAUAGAAUUCUGGGACUUGCACACAAGACACUAAAUCAAGACAUUACCUUUGAGGCAGUGCACAUGUUGGAGAGGAAUUCCGUGGAGAGCGAGUUGACAUUCCUGGGAUUCCUGAUCAUGAAGAAUAUUUUAAAACCGGAAACAAAACCCGUCAUUGACAACCUGAUCCGAGCCAAUUUCCGAACUGUAAUGGUGACAGGAGAUAACAUGCUGACCGCUCUGAAUGUUGCCAGGAAUUGUGGAAUGGUGGGUUGGACGGACAAAGUGAUCUUUGCCAAUGCGUCCCCACCCUUGGCUGACAAACCUGCCUGUGUGAAAUUCCUGCCUUCAGACCCAGCACCAGAUUUGAAUGGGACCGAGCUGCAGCCACAGCCAGAGAACCACACUUCGGAACAGUCGUACUAUCACUUUGCACUGAAUGGAAAAUCGUUUGCAGUGAUUUACGACUAUUUUCCAGAUCUGCUAGAAAAAAUCCUGCUUCGGGGCACUGUUUAUGCUCGGAUGGCUCCCAAUCAAAAGACUCAACUGGUGGAGAGUUUGCAGAAAUUGGAGUACACUGUAGGGAUGUGCGGAGAUGGAGCCAAUGACUGUGGGGCUUUGAAAGCUGCAGACGCUGGGAUCUCGCUCUCGGACUCCGAGGCCUCGGUGGCAUCCCCCUUCACCUCUAAAAUAGACAACAUUGAGUGUGUGCCCAUGGUCAUUCGGGAAGGUCGAGCCUCUCUUAUCACCUCCUUUGGAGUUUUCAAAUACAUGGCCAUGUACAGCAUGAUCCAGUUUGUCUCGGUGCUAAUAUUGUACACGAUCAACUCAAACUUGGGAGACUGGCAGUACCUGUACUUUGACCUUGUCAUCACUACAACUGUGGCCAUACUCAUGGGUCGAACAGGUCCUGCAAAAGCGCUUGUGGCACAGCGGCCUGUGGGGAGUCUGAUUAACAUUACCAUCUUGGGCAGCCUGCUGCUGCAGACCGUGCUAGUCAUCCUGAUUCAGGUCCUGACUUACACCGUCACUGCCACACAGAGCUGGUUUGUUCCUGCCACCGUCAGUUCCGCUGGCAACAAACUCCCAAACUAUGAAAACACUGCCUUGUUCUGUAUAUCUGGAUUCCAAUACCUCAUCCUGGCAACAGUACUUUCCAAAGGUCAACCCUUCCGCAAGCCGCUGUAUUCUAACGUGCUGUUCCUGGUCGCAUUGGUUCUGCUUUAUGCCGUGAUGAUAUUUUUGACACUUUACCCACUUCAGUUCAUGCGAAAGAUUCUGCAGCUGAUGUUCAUCGGUGACUUGAAAUUUAAAUUGUUGUUGCUCGGCUUUGCAGCAUUACAAUUCUUUGUUUCCUUUCUAUUUGAGAUCGCUAUAGAUAAUGGAUUUCUAAACAUUUGCAAAAGGCCAUUGUGCAAGAGGAAAUCGUCCCAAAAGCUGUAUAAAAGACUGGAUAAAGAACUUUGCUACAAUUUAGCGUGGCCGCCUCUUAAUGAAAUUAUAUAUGCCGAAUCAAGGAAUAUCGUCAUUGUGGAAUGACACAUUCCCUGGAAAGGGGUGAGGGGACAAAGGCCAGUUUUUUUUUUUUAAACCAAAAAUAUACCACCUGAGGUUGACCAGGAUGCCAAGCACUUACGACGUAGUACACACGCAUCAGACAAUGCAGGAAGAAUAUGGACCUGGAUGGAAAUCUUUACCAAUCUUACCCCACCAAACAAAACCAAGGCCAAAUGUUUGGAAAGUCAUAAACAGAGCAGAAUUAGUUCAUUGAACAUUAUCUUGUCCCCUUUUGAGUAAGAAGUGACAGGACACUCACUGCUAACUCACCAGCAGGGUUUCUGUCAAUGAAAUCAACUGUCCUGUUUUUGAACAAAACCUUUCUUGGUUGUGGGAAACUGGGUUCAAUGUUUCCUCUGGUAAUUUGUAUUGUUAUUUAUUUUACACUACAUACUCCAAAGAAUUUGAAUUGAAGUCUGUUAUUGGGAUCAAAGUGUGUGCGUGUGUGUGCGUGUAGCCUUUGCGAGAGAUCAGGAAGGAGAGAUGGGCACUUUUAUCACCCUCGCCCAUGCAAGAUGUGGAAAGCUACAAUCAAUGAACAAAUAUAAAUUUAGGUGAACUUUAAAGUGCCACUUUUAGGUUUAAUGUUUCAUCAAUUUGUCGUAAGGUUUUAAAAAGGUUUUGAAAGAUAUUUUCUUUAUUUCCUUUUCCUUGUCUUACAUGCCGAUCUGUGUUGGCACUUUCUGUUCCAUGGGUGCUGGGAGCCCUCGUGCUGCACUUGUACCAUCUAUGUAUGGUUAUGUUUGUUACAUUAUAUGGAAGGAAGCAGGUUCGUUCAAUCUAACCUGAAUUUGUUUUCACCCAAGUCUUUACUUGUGCACUUUUCAUUGAGUUGGAACAAUGCUUAACAUUUUCCCUCCUGUUCCAGUCUGUUCAAACCAAUUAUAUCCAGCACCAUGUCUUAGCUUGAACCUAGCCCUUAUUUAUGCAUUUGGUUCUUUGUCUAUUAAGGUGAAUUAUGUAUUUUUGCAAAAUGCAGCAUGCAUUUUUUCUAAAAGGGGUAGUGGUGAAUAUGGCCUUGAGCUGUGCUUACGAUUGCUGUAUCUGGUCCAAAUAAAGCAGAAAUAUUAUUUUA